UGAGCUUGUCGGUUCUGCCGGUAGAUGCCGCUGGUGUGAGUGUUCCACGCAUGACAAGCAAGACCUUAGUAGUUAUUCCGGAAUAAAAAGGCGAAAAGCUGCGUAACAUUUUUCGGCGAAAGAAAAAAAGGAAAGGAAAAAAAAUUUCUGCUUCCUUGCUUUGAAAUUCAGUUUGAAAAAAAAAAAAAAGAACCCCUUACAAAACAACACACCCCUCCCUCUUUAAAAAGAAAAAAAAAAAAGAUUCACAAAAUAACAGACACAACAAAACAAAAACAGAAAUGGCAUUGAAAAGAAUUCAGAAGGAACUGCAGGAUUUAGGUCGAGAUCCUCCAGCUCAGUGUUCUGCUGGGCCCGUUGGCGAUGAUUUAUUUCACUGGCAGGCUACCAUUAUGGGUCCACCAGAUAGUCCGUACCAAGGUGGGGUAUUUUUUUUGACAAUUCAUUUUCCUUCGGAUUACCCAUUCAAGCCUCCAAAGAUAAAUUUUACAACGAGAAUAUAUCAUCCAAAUAUCAAUAGUAAUGGCAGUAUCUGUUUGGAUAUACUACGUUCACAGUGGUCACCAGCAUUGACUAUCUCAAAAGUACUGUUGUCAAUCUGUUCUCUGUUGUGUGACCCAAAU